GAAUCAACUGCUCAUCUGAUAGGACGAAAUCCCAAAAGGCCCUUUAAAUAUGAGGAACUUCAAGAAAUUGAAGAGCCUGAUAAAAUCGAGUAUCCGCCAGAUGAAUUUAUGCGGAAAUACCACCCUACUGGAUUUGUCCAUUAUGUUCAUGCUUCUAGUAAGUCAGUUCAGGCUGAGGAAUAUGCCAGAAGACGUGGUGGUCAAUGUCUAGGAAGGACUGGGCGAAUAAAUGAUCAUGAUAUGUAUCUUUGGUCUUGUGAGAAUGGUGCACAUCAAUGGGAGUAUCCGUUAAAAUAUAUCAUGAAAAAAUUCGAAUGGUGCCCGCUAUGCCAUCAUACUACCGAAAGAACUGUACGAUAUAUUUUUGAGGAUCUACUAGGCAAGAAAUUCCCAUCACGUAGGCCGAAUUUUUUGCAUGGAAUGCAACUUGAUGGAUAUAACGAAGAGUUGCGACUAGGAUUCGAAUUUCAUGGCAGGCAACACUAUAGCCUUAAUUCAAUGUUUCAUAGAAGAGGCCAGAUAGAUUUGGAUGAACAGAGAAUACGCGAUCAGAAGAAGCGGGAUACUUGCAAAGAGCAAGGUAUAUGUCUUAUCGAAGUGCCUUAUACUGCGGAUCUUUUUCCAUACAUUAAGCAUACACUAAUCGAGAAAGGAUUCUUGAGUAAUUCUCCAAGUUAA